UACUGUCAACUGUCACUUUUGUUUAUAGCAACUGUAUCUAACCAAAUUGAUUCAUGAAAAUAAUUAAAUAAAACAACUUUAAAUAUUAAAACAAAAUAUCAACGAACUGCUUCUAGUAUUAAUAAUACAUUAUUAAUUUCAACCGAUGUCAGAAACUUCACUGCAAGGAAGUGCCAAAGAAGAGCAACCACCGUCCAAGAUACCCGAAUCGGUUAAGAAAAUAAUAUCAAUGGAAAAGGAGAAUGAAACGAACGCUAGUCGCAAAUCACGAAUUGAUCUCAACGCAUUACCUACUCGCCAAUACUUAGACCAAACAGUGGUUCCGAUACUCCAACAGGGUCUAUCAGCACUGGCCAAAGAACGACCGCCAGAUCCAAUUAGUUAUUUGGCAGCUUACUUGCUCAAAAAUAAAAGUACAUUUGAAAAUAGUAAUACUGGAACAAAUAAUAAUCCCCCUCAAAAUCCUCAAACAUAAUUAUAAUGAUAAUAUUAGUUUAGUUUUUAUUAUAACAACAUGUUCAACAAAACCAGUGUGGAUUCUAUUCUAGUACUUCAGCUCAAUAAAUAUUGACUUACACAAUGUAUAUUUAUUAUUAAAUUAAUGUAUCUAUAAUGAGUAAAUUACUCAAAUCAUCUUGUGUUCUGUAAUGUAGAUUUACUAUUAAUUAUAAUAAUGGUAAGAAUUUGAAUUUAUUUCGAUGUAUAGGUAAGUAUUAUAAAAACUUACUUUUGAGUAUUUUUUUUAUAUUUAUGUAUAAAUAUAUGUAUCACAAUAUUCAUUAGUAAUAUAGUUACUUGUUAUAAUAUACAUUUUAGUAUCAUUAUCAUCAAACAACCAAAUUACAUUUUUGAACUAUACUUUUAU